AUGCGCGCGAGGAUGGGGAUGCCGUGGGACGAAGGUCUGGCUGCGUCGAGGUCACGCUCGCCGUUAUCAAAGAGGAAUCGGGGUGCUGUGUCCGACGACGACGGUGGUGGUGGUGGUGGUGGUGGAGAGGUGGAUUGGAGAGCACGAACGAUGUGCGAGAUUAAGAUACAAAAAAAAGCACGAGCACGGGCAAAAAAACACAACCGAAAAUCGACGUCUCCUCCGCGGAUAAACAUAUCCCUCCUACGCUCCAUUCCCUCCCACCAGAUCCCAGCCCCGUCCCGCUCCCAGCUCCAACCAGCCCCAACCGCCCCUCUCGCCCGCCCUCGCCGCCUCCCCACCACCGUCACCGUCACCGUCACCGUCACCGACCUCCCGCCGCUCCCGCGCCACCUGCCCGCCCCUCGCACGAUCCCCGGACACCGCGCCCCGCAUGUGAUAUUCACGCCCCCGCGCCCAGAUUCCAUCCCCGAUUGGCCCUCCGAAGCCCGCGUCCGCCAGGCACACGCCCUCGGCACGCCCCGCCGCCCGCCCCCACCCUCUUCCCCCCGCCAGCCGCCAGCCGCCAGCCGCAGUGCCCUUCCCCCGCCCCUGGGGUCUCGCGCCCCUUUCUUAUCUCCCUCGGCUCUCGGUCCGCCACCGACCACCGUGCGCGCGCGCCCGCGACUCGCGCAUCAAAUCUCAUUCCAGCCGCAGUACCCCCGUCGCACCCGACUCGUCCUCCUCCUCCUCCGUUCAUCGACGCUCUGGCGCUCCGUCCGACGACCCAAAGUCCCCGCCCCGCUGCAUCGCGUCGUCCCUCGCUAUAGAGCUACCAUAGACCACCAGCCGCUCGCACGGCUGGCGAGUGGCUGGCGGCUACGCAAUGGCCGACGCGCGCGAGGAUCGCCCGAGUCCGGCCUCUCCUCUCCACCGUCUCCACCUGUCAGUCUCCGCCCUUCUCCAGGCGGUUCCCCACACUUUUCCCCCAGACGCGCCUCGCCUGGGCUCUCGGCCCUCGGCCCUCGCGGCGUCUCGUCUCGUCUCGUCUCGUCUCGUCUCGUCGGGGCCACGAACGAACGACGGACCCGACGGCGCACUUACCAGCUGCUUCGCGCGGUCUCGGACUCGGACUCGGACUCGAACUCGGACUCGGAUUCGGCGCUGCUGCAGGCCACGAGGACGCCGCUUGCUGCCUCGCGGAGCGCCCUCUGCCUGUCUGUCCAUCCGUCCCCUGGCGUGCGCGCGUGA